AUGCAUCGUUGGCAGCUGACUAGUGCACUAGUCUGUCGCCCUCGACCUUGCCGAGCGAACUCCUACCGUCUGUGCGUGGAGGAUCUUUUCUGCAUCCCCGCCCUUCGACGCUUUCUCGCAUCUCCUCCCCUCCCCGCCGGACCCCGCCCAUCCGUUCGCUACGACAACCUGUGGUGCUCGAGAAAAUUCAAAGAUUUGUGAAUACGAGCGGAGAGGAGCGAUGGCGACGACCUUGGAUGUCACCAGGAUUGAGAUUGCGUUUUUGGCUGCGUAUUUGAGCAAGGCGGAGACGAGGGACAAAUUAUGUCGAGCCAUUCAGUACGGAUCGAAGUUCGUCAGCAACGGGGAGCCCGGAACCGCAGCGACCGUGGACAAAAAUACGAGUUUGGCGAGGAAAGUGUUCCGUCUGUUGAAGACGGUGAAUGAAUUGCAGGCUUUGCUGACUCCUGCUCCCAAGUCGACUCCGCUGCCAAUUGUGCUUUUAGGGAAGUCGAAGAAUGUGCUCGUGGGUACUUUCUUGGCGCUCGACCAAAUUGUCUGGCUCGGAAGAAGCGGUAUCUACAAAGACAAGGAGAAAACAGACCGCAUGUCCAGGAUCUCGUUAUUCUGCUGGAUGGCCGGAACCUUCUGUACCACCCUCGUGGAGAUGGCCGAGAUCAGCCGAACCUCCAUCGCCGUGAAGAAGGUCGAGAAGGAAUUGCGGAAGGCCACCAACGACAAUUUGGCCGUCGUGGACGUCCAGGCUUUGAAAGAUGAAAGGAAAUCUCACUACAAGAAGAACAAGGCCAGGACUUUGAACCUUGUCAAAUCGUUCUUGGACCUUUUCGUUGCUGCCGGUCUUCUGCAGCUCGCGCCCAAGACAAUCACGCCUCGAGUGACUGGCGCUUUGGGAUUGACCACUUCCCUCAUCUCGUGCUAUCAACUCCUACCACCUGCACCCGCAAAGGCGAAGAGCAGUUAAUCAGGAGCUUCUCGAUCACAUUGUGGUUCUGUACCUUCCACCGAUCGAUCCCGAUUGCCUUUGUAGUCACUUAGGUUUAGAUCUUGUGCUAUUCUUGCUACCACCUUGACACCUGCGACUUCCUUCUCUUACACUUGGACCCUCCCUGGGGUCACUACAUACUCCUCACAGCUCCAUGUUGUAGUCAAUUAGGGUUAACAGCUUCUGCUAUCAGUUGCUACUACUUUCACGACUGUGACCACCUUCGUCACACUUGGAACCCUCCUGGGGCAUCUACAUAUGUUCAUAUUGCUCAAUUAUUCAUCCUUUGCCAGUACGAGGUUGAUUGAUAC